AUGGAAGAUAUUCGCAGCAUAGGAACAUUCGACAACCUGACGCUGGAAAGGCAAGGAUGCGUCUUCAUAAUUACGAUGAUGAUGGGGGCUGAGAAUCGACUGAACAUCAAAUUCUGCCAGGAGAUGAUUCAAGUCUUUAACACCGUUCGAGAGAUGCUCGGGCCCAACUCCAACGGCGCCGUCAUUACGCGUGGGCAGGGCGCCAAAUUCUUUUGUACGGGCCUUGAUCUGGAAGAAACGAGACGCAAUCCGCAUGCAAAUGCAGAUGGAUUUUAUCCGCUGUUGCAUACCAUCUUGGACUUUCCUUUCCCCACAAUUGCCCUCGUAAAUGGCCAUGCCUUCGGAGGAGGGUGUCCGCUGGCAUUUGCACACGACUACCGUGUCAUGAACUCCAAACGGGGCUUCAUCUCGAUGCCCCCGGUCGAUCUGGGAAUGUAUUUCCCGGGUGUGGGAAUCCUCCCACGGCUCAAAUUGCAACCACGCGUUGCACGCAAGGUGCUAUUGGAGGGCCAUCGUUUUACCGGUGUGGAGGCCCUGGAGGACGGGUUGGUUGACGCCAUUGCCGAGCCAGAUCGAAUGCUCGCGGUUGCCAUGGGGCUGGCAAACAAAUGGGCCCCCAAAGCAAAGGCUGGUGUCUAUGCUCUCCUACGAUCGGAGCUUUGGGGCGAGAUGGACAGGGGAGUCCAGCAGAUCAGCUACCCUUACUUGCGUUUCAACAUGGUCCUAUCAAGGGAGGGAAACGAGGGAAAUGCCUACGUUCUCGGGGUUGGCAUGGCCCAGUUUUUGAAGCCCCGUGCCACUCGCCCAUAUACCGAGUUGGCAUUUGAAGCCGGCGCAAAGGCCAUGCUCGACGCCCACAUUACAUACGACGACGUCGAAGCCGGAAUCGCGUGUUACACUUCCACUGGGCCCACAUGUACCGGGCAACGGGUGUUUUAUCAGUUUGGUAUGACUAAUAUCCCGAUCUACAACACCAACAACGCGUGCGCCAGUGGCUCCACCGGCCUCCACCUUGCUAGAACCUUUGUGAAAUCCGGUCUGCAUGAUUGUGUGCUGGUUGUUGGCUUUGAGCAGAUGGCCGCCGGGCCCCUGGUCAGCAACAUCACGGACCGGCCGACCCCGUAUGACCUGAGCGUGAAGUUGAUGUCGGCCACAAGAGGGUGGGCCGACUUACCGAAGAACCCUCAGCUGUUUGGCAACGCGGGGAAAGAAUACAUGGAGAGGUAUGGUGCAACCGCCCAGGAUUUCGCCGAGGUUGCGCGUAUCUCACACGAGCACUCAUCCCGCAACCCAUACGCCCAGUUCCAAACGGUCUACACCGUUCACGACAUCCAGAAGUCGCCAAUGAUCCACUACCCCCUCACCAAGCUCCAGUGCUCUCCAACUUCCGAUGGCGCCGCCGCGGGUGUGGUUGUCUCCCAGAAGUUCCUGGAUGCGCACCCUGAGCUAAAAAGCCACGCCGUACUGAUCGCGGGGCAAUCGAUCAUAAGAGCCACCCGGGCCGCAUUGGCCGAGGCGGGCGUCACCCUUCAGGACAUCCGAGUGUGUGAACUACACGACUGUUUUUCGACCAACGAGCUCAUUUCACUGGACGCGAUGGGGUUCUGCGACACGGGGAAAGCGCAUUAUUUAGUCCGCAGUGGAGAUAUCACGUACGGAGGCAAGGGCCCUCUCGUCAACCCGUCGGGGGGGCUGAUCUCCAAGGGCCACCCGCUCGGUGCAACGGGCCUUGCGCAGUGUGCCGAGCUCACUUGGCAGCUGCGAGGGUGGCUACGAACGGGCGCCUGCAAUACCAACGUCGCAUCUGAUGAGGCCGAAGCGGCCAGGAUGAGUGGUUUGGGAUACAACCCAGCGGUGGAGGCCAGGUAUAUCACCCGUGCACAAGCCAAUGCGGUGCGGAGUACGAAAGCUCCCAGUGAUUAUGCCCUGGAUAGCACGAUCGACUUGAUAGAGGCCAGACUGCAGAAGUUGUAG